AUGGCUACGGUGAUGUGGCGUUCCAGAUGGCGCAAUUAUGACGCUGAGCUGCAGAGAGCCUGCGUGGAGGCAAUUCCACUUGAAUUCUCAGAUUCUCAUCCCCUCAAACCUAUUCUGGUGACCGACAGCAAACCUCGCCGCGGAACUCGUAAAGGCAGCACCUCCUCCUCGUCCUCCUCCUCUUCCUCGGUGCCUCCGGACCCUCUCACUUCCAUGUUGGAUGGAAGUGAUCCGCUGUCCAUGUUCGCAGCUGAAAAUCCAUCCACAAUACACAAUGCUUCCGCUGGGGAUGCGAGGAAGAAAGGCGAAAAGGAUGAAGAGCAAGUUGGAGCAGACUUUGAGCAAUGGUCGAUGAAAAGAGGAGAGAUCCUGGCUCGGUUCACCACCACUGAAAAACUUUCAAUCAAUCUGUGCAUGGGCUCUGACAAUGGAAAUUCCCAAAAUUCUGGAUCCUCCGCAGUCUCAGAGAAAGUUCGCACACGUCUGGAGGAACUGGACGAUCUGGAAGAAGGUUCCCAGAGAGAGCUGCUCAAUCUUUCCCAGCAGGAAUAUGCAAACCGUAUUGAGGAGCUCAACCAGUCCCUGAAAGAAGCCUGGGCCUCUGACCAGAAGGUCAAAGCCCUGAAGAUUGUCAUCCAGUGCGCCAAGCUUCUAUCUGACACAUCUGUGAUCCAGUUUUACCCCAGCAAGUUCGUUCUCAUCACUGACAUACUUGACACUUUUGGCCGGCUUGUGUACGACAGAAUUUGGACCCUGUGUUCAGACCCCAGACCUUUACCAGAAUCAUUCACAGUCGAUGAUGUCAACGACACAGCCAAGGAGACUUGUCUCAACUGGUUCUUCAAGAUUGCCUCCAUUCGAGAACUCAUACCCAGACUAUACGUGGAAGCCUCCAUCUUGAAGUGCAAUCGCUUCUUGAACAAAUCUGGUAUUCAGGAGACUCUGCCGCGGCUUACUGCCAUGAUCAGAGGAAUCGGAGACCCUUUGGUGGCGGCUUACACACGAGCUUACCUUUGCAGGGUCGGCAUGGAGGUCGCCCCCGGCUUGAAAGACAUCCUGAAGCGGAGCUUCUUUGACUUCCUUGGAACCUUCCGGCAGAUCAGUGGGGAGAGAGUUCGUAGCCAGCUGCUGGCACAGAGAGUGGAGAUGCCCGAGUACCUGACUCUUUAUUCACCGGCCAUCAACUGGAUCCUGCAGUGUAGUGCUUACAGAGCACCUGAGUCUCGCCUAACCGAGAUGAUGGAGAGAUGCAAGAAGCUGGGUAACAAUGCCUUGCUGCUGAAUUCUGUAAUGAGAGCGUUCCGACCAGAGUUCGUCGCCACCAGAGCCACGGACUUCAUCGGUAUGAUAAAAGACUGCGACGAAGCCGGAUUCCCCAAGCAUUUGUUAUUUGGAUCACUGGGACGCUGUCUGAGCUGCGCAGACCCUCCAGAAUCGGAAAGGUUGACCAUCCUCAACGAAGCCUGGAAAGUCAUCACUAAAGUCCGCAAUCCUCGGGAUUACGUCAACUGUGCUGAGAUCUGGGUGGAGUUCACCUGUCGACAUUUCACGAAACGUGAGGUCAACACCGUUCUGGCAGACAUCAUCAAACACAUGACUCCCGACCGGGCCUUUGAGGAUGCAUACGCUCAGCUGCAGUCUGUGAUCGGGAAGAUCCUCGCUCACUACCACGACUUCUCCGUCCUAUUUUCUAUGGAGCGUUUCCUCCCAUUUCUUGACAUGUUCCAGAAGGAUAGCGUAAGGGUAGAGGUCUGCCGGUCAAUCGUAGAUGUGUUCAUCAAACACCAGCUGGAGCCAACCCGAGACCCUGUCAUCCUCAACGCCAUGAUGCACAUCUGCAAGACCAUGCACGACUCUGUCAACGCUCUCACUCUGGAAGAUGAAAAAAGAUCUUUGUCUGUGCUGAUCAUCGGCUUUAUGCGCGUGGUUUCUUUCGGCCGCGACUUUGAGCAGCAGUUGAGUUUUUGUGUGGAGGCCAGAGCCACAUUCUGUAACCUGGAACCAGUUCUGGUGCAGCUCAUUCACACGGUGAAUAAGCUGGCGAUGGAGACGAGGAGAGUGAUGAAGGGCAGUCACUCUCGUAAAACGGCUGCAUUCGUACGGGCUUGUGCUGCCUACAGUUUUAUCACCAUCCCAUCACUCAGCAGCAUCUUUAGUCGUCUUCACCUUUAUCUCUUGUCCAGUCAGGUUGCGCUGUCCAACCAGUGUCUAUCUCAGGCGGAUGCCUUCUUGAAAGCAGCGGUCAGUAUUCUGUCAGAGGUUCCACGCAGCAUCAGCGUGGAGGGCAAGAUUCGCUCUUCAGAGAGUUUCCUACUCGACUUUAUCAACAACUUCCUGUCCACACUUCUCGUUGUCCCGGAUCACCCAGAGCACGGCGUACUCUACUUAGUCCGCGGUGUGCUAAACAUGGUACAGGAUUACACAUGGGAGGACAGCAGUGAUGCCAAAGUGCGCGUUUACAUCGCCGCCCUCCCUCUGCUGGCCGCUAUGAGCCAGGAGACAUACCUGUACACUAUUCCGCAAAUGGACUCCAAUGAGACCCUUUACGGAGGGGACCCGAAGUUCUUGUCAGAGAUUAACAAGCUAUGCGAGACCCUGAUUGGGCAAAUCCUAGACCACCUGAAGGCUCUCGGUCGGGAAGAGCAGAGUACACGCCGCCAGGGUGCUCUGGCCUUCUCCCUCUUUUGCGUCCUGCUCGCCCACGGGGACCUGAGGAACAACAAACUGAGCCAGCUGGCCGUCAACCUCUGGAACCUCAGCCACAAACACGGACACUGCGAGACACGCGUUUCUGUUCGGACACUUGAACACAUGAAACAUCAAGCUCAACAGGCUGACAUGUCUCACCUGUCCGACACAGUCCAGAGGCUCGCGUUGCAGUCCCGCACCUGA